UCCAGCUCGUCAGUCGAUUCAGCACUCUAGAAAGAAGAAGGCCAGCAUGUCGUUGUCUCUGUCACGCAUGCUGCUCGACAGGUUCUUCCCCGACGCUGGCGUCGGUGACGCACGGCCGCCGAUGGACUGGAAAGAAACGCCGGAGGCGCACGUGUUUAAGAUGGACAUCCCGGGUCUGCCCAAAGAGCAGGUGGCCGUAGAGCUGGUGGACGGCCGGAUCCUGCGCGUCCGCAGCGGCAAACAGGAUCAGGAUGAUGCCAAGGCCGACAUCGUGGGUCACGAGCAAAAGGGGGAGAAGGGCGACGCCGUGAGGUGGCACUGCAGGGAGAGGGCGGAUACAAGCGCGUUCGUGACGCAGUUCCGGCUGCCCGAGGACGCAGCCGCGGACGAGGUGCGCGCCGCCAUGGCGGACGGGGUGCUCACGGUGACCGUUCCCAAGCGGAAGGUCGGCAAGAAGCGGCAGCACGGCGGCAAGAAGCCCGUCUGCUGCAGGUUCUGGCCCUGACGCCACGCGACGCGACGAGGCAGUCAACGAGACUUGCGAGCCGGAGGAGAGUCCCUGUGGUCUCCGCAAAGUUGCAUGGUUUGGUGCGUGCGUGACAUUGUAAAUAGGUGCAUUCGUCUGCUUGCUUACUUGUAGUGAACUGAAUCUCUUUGCGUUGGACUUGUGAGAUGUGAACCUGUAAAUUCUGUUGCUUCCCGUCAUCCGUUGUAACAAAAUUCAGGUUGUGGUUUGAGGUUUUUGUUUCCACGAUCAGCUUGCCAAUUUUGUGUUGCUUCCAAAGGUGAAAGCAGAAUCACAUAUGAUUACUGAUC